CCCUCCGUCCUUAAAUACAUGGCUUCCUCCCAGUUUCCUUAUUAUUUGCAGAGAUCCACAGCAAUCUAGAGAGAGAAAAUCUUAGAGAGAGAAAAGGAGAGAAUGACGACAUCAGCUUGGGCGAAACCAGGAGCCUGGGCUCUGGAAUCCGAAGAGAGCGAAUCAAUGGAAGCAGAAGCACCACCAGCGGCACAGAAGACGACCGAGAAACCCCAGUCUGAUUUUCCCUCUCUAGCCUUGGCGGCAUCGGCGAAAACCUCGAAGAAGAAGAAAAGUCAACCCCUCUCUCUCGCUGAGUUCACCACCGGCAAACAAGUCGCCUAUAGCGCGAAGCCAAGGUCUGCAAUCAUUGAUUCGUCGAGGGGCUUGACCCCCGAUGAGUUGCUCCGCUUGCCGACAGGCCCCCGGGAGCGGACUGCUGAAGAGCUUGAGCGCGGCAGAGGGUCUCUCGGUGGAGGGUUUCAAUCCUAUGGUCGCGACCGCGCUGACAGAGGGCCGCGACGUGAAGCGUUUGAUGAUGAUGCACGUGGCGGUCGCAUGCCGCCGCCUCCAUCCCGGGCAGAUGAGAUAGAUGACUGGGGUGCCACAAAGAGGCAGAUGGCGCCGCCUGCAUCUCAGGAGCGGCGCUCUUCGAACUUCUUCUCAGAUUCGCAAUCGAGAGCGGAUGAAUCUGACAAUUGGGGGGCCUCGAAGAAGAGUUUUGUGCCUUCAAUGGAGCCGAGGAGAUUGGUAGGUGGAUUUGAGAAUUUUAGGGAGAGAGAGUCAUUGGCUGAUGAGGUGGAUAACUGGACAUCGGCAAAAAAGAGCUUUGCUCCUUCAGUGGAGCCGAGAAGAUCAGGUGGGGGGUUCGAGAAUUACAGAGAGAGAGAGGGAUCGAGGGUGGGCUCCCGUUUUGAUUCUUCUUGUCAAAGAGAGAGAGAGGAGGGGGGACAGAGGCCGAGGCUUGUUUUGCAGCCAAGGACUUUGCCCGUGGGUGACGGGGACGGGCCUGUGGUGCUGCAGUUGAGGGCGAAAGUGAGCAAUCCUUUGGGUGAGGGGGACGGGCCUGUGGUGCUGCAGCCGAGGGCGAAAGUGAGCAAUCCUUUUGGUGAAGCGAGGCCAAGAGAGGAGGUGCUGGCAGAGAAGGGUCAGGACUGGAAGAAGAUUGCUGAGCAAUUGGAUUCAAUGAAGAUUAAAGACACGGUCCAUAAGGAGUUAUCGGAUGGGGUUUCAGUGGAGAGAGGUGGGGAGGGGGGAUUUAUUAGAAGGCCUUUUGGGAUGGGGAAUGGGGUUGGGGGCAUGGCCAGGGAAAGGACCGAGCGGAGUUGGAGGAAGCCAGAACCCAUUGAGGUGGCUUCAGGUGGUGAGAAAAGUGAAAUCGCUGCAGAGGGUUGAAGAUUUACCGGAUGAUGAUGCAGUCUUUUAACACAUGAGUAGUUGGAGAAGAAAUGAAAAUUGGAGAUAUUACUAUGGUGUCAUUGCCUUUUGUCCUUUCUGGGCUUUAUUUUUGCUUCCUCUUUGUUCUUUGGUAUUUAUUUUUGCGAUUUUGGAUCCCUCUUAGGGUUACUGAGACAUUCAGGACCGACACAGUUUUGGUAGUUAGUGUUGUGGCGUAUUAAUUGACUUGUUUGUACGGCUCUUGACCCUAUUGUUUAUUUUCUUUGUUUUUAUCAAUCCGAUUAUGUGAAAGAGAAUUGCCUUGGUA